GCGGAAGUGGCGGUGCGGCGGAUCGAGGCCGGUCGCGAUGCUCCCCCUGAGGCGGCGGCAGCGGCGGCUGCUGCUGCGCUGGGGGCUCGGGGUCCCGGGCGCCGCCGUCCUGCUCGCCUGCGUGGCGGCCUGCGCCCUGGCGGAGCGGGCGCCCGCGGGCCGCGCGUCGGCGCUGAGCGCGUACUUCGGCACCAAGAGCCGCUACGAGGAUGUGGCGAGGCCGCGGCCGGGGCCGGGGCUGGGCCCCGCGGGGUCGUGCGCGCCGCUGCAGCUCGUGGCCCUGGUGCGCCACGGCACCCGCUACCCCACGGCCAAGCAGGUGGGCCGCCUGCGGGCGCUGCACGGGCUGCUGCUCCGCGCCGGGCCGCCGGGGCCGGGCCUGGCGGGCGCGCUGGCGCGCUGGCCGCUGGCCUACGAGGACUGGAUGGACGGGCAGCUGGUGGACAAGGGCCGGCGCGACAUGCGCCAGCUGGCCGCCCGCCUGGCCGCGCGCUUCCCGCCGCUGCUGGGCCGCGCCGGCCUGGCCCGCGUGCGCCUCGUGUCCAGCUCCAAGCCGCGCUGCGUGGACAGCGCCGUGGCCUUCGCACGGGGCCUCUGGGCGCAGCUGCACCCGGGCCGCCCGGAGCCCGAGCCGGCAGAUGUGGAGUUUGGGCCACCUGAGAUAAAUGAUAAACUUAUGAGGUUUUUUGAUCAUUGUGAAAAGUUCCUAGCUGAGGUGGAAAAGAAUGAUUCAGCUCUUCAUCAGGUAGAAGCCUUCAAAAAUGGACCAGAAAUGCAGAAAAUUAUUAAAAAAGUUGCAGCUAUUUUGCAGGUGCCAAUAAGUGAUUUAAAUGCAGAUUUAAUCCAAGUCGCCUUUUUUUCCUGCUCAUUUGACUUGGCUAUUAGAGACAUUCAGUCCCCCUGGUGCGAUGUCUUUGACACAGAGGAUGCUCAGGUGCUGGAAUACCUGAAUGACCUGAAGCAGUAUUGGAAAAGGGGACACGGCUAUGCAAUCAACAGUCGGUCCAGCUGCAGCCUGUUCCAGGACAUAUUUCAUCAUUUGGACGAAGCUGUUGAACAGAGACAAAGGUCUCAGCCCAUCUCUUCUCCAGUCAUCUUCCACUUUGGACACGCAGAGACGCUGCUGCCACUGCUUUCUCUCAUGGGCUAUUUUAAGGACAAAGAACCCCUCACUGCCUACAAUUACAAGGAGCAAAUGAACCGUCAGUUCCGGAGCGGCCACAUUGUACCCUACGCGGCCAAUCUCAUAUUUGUGCUUUACCAUUGUGAGCAUGCCGAGACGCCUGCCAGGGAGUACCAGGUGCAGCUGCUGCUGAACGAAGAGCCACUGCCUUUUGUUCACUCGCCAGGAACUGUCGCUGUGUAUCAGGAGCUGAAGGACCACUAUAAAGACGUCUUGCAGAGCUGCCACUCGGACCAAGAGUGUGUCUUACCAAAUAUCAACAUCACGUCUGAUGAGCUCUGAGUGACUGUCCUGGUUCUAGAGGGAAGGAUUCCAUGUUGGCACGACCGGGUCGCCGGGCACUACCCUACUGACAAGAAAGCCUGAGUAUUUCUGACUUCAUAGAGAAUUUUAUUAUGGACCUGGAAUUUGUGUGUGUGUGGAAAAUAAUUUUGUACCAAGGUAGCUCAAUGAAAAUGUUUUUUAAAAAAAAUCAUAAUUUUUGGCUUAGGCCACAUCUGAUGCUGAAAAUGUUUACACAAAUAACUUCAAAUUUUAUUAGUAAUCCAGUGCUGGCUUAUAAAUUUGAUUUCAGAAUGAUACUUGAAAAUGCCAAAGUAAUCAAUUCAUUCCAGGAACUCAGCUCCUCUGAAUUUGCUGAUGUGCUCUCAUGUCUUAAGCAGGGAAAAUCAUCCUGCUGUAAGUAGGCCUUUAAUCAGAAAAAAAAAUCAGUCAACUGGAAUUACGACUUUCUGUGGAAGACAGCUAACUGUUCUCCAAUCCAGAGCCGUUAAAAUGUUAAACAUUUAUUUUAUGUAUCAUUUAAGACGACAUUUGGCCUGCAUAAAAUUAGGAAUAAGCAUUGUUUGUUAUUAGUAUCCCUAUGGUGUGUUGAUGCUUUGGAAAUGAAAUGCUUUGUGGCCUUUAAUGUGAUGCUAGUUUUACAUUUAUAGUAAUGAAGGCAGAGGAUGGUCAGAAUGAGUCUCCUCAAUCUUUUGAUUAGCUUUUUUGCUUCUAUUCUUUAUUUUGCAUCUCUCAAAAAAGUAUUUAUCAUUGUUAUCAUCAUGAUUUUCAUUGACAGAAAUAAUUUAUUUUAAAUUAAGGCUAUAUUUUUGCCUAGCCCAGCUUCUUUCAUUUGAACUAGUAUUGGAAUUUAUAACUCUGUGCUAAGUGCCGAGAAAGUGUUUGUAAGAAUGAUAAUAAUGGUGAUGAUUGUG